GUGCAGAGACAGUGCGAUCGAUCCUAAUGACAAGAUCCUCGCGAAAGGAGCUGAAAGGUGACCGUCAGACAUCUAGUCGCAGCAUGGAAUAGAUGCAUCGUUCCGAACGGAGUACGGAUGAAUUUGUUUAGUGUUAGAAUUCUAUCUGACGGAUAUUGAGUCGAACGACUUUUUCACGAGAGCAUCGGGCGUUGUUAAUCGAUUGUCGCGACGCGCGUUUCGUUAAUAAGUUGCCGGAAGGGAAUUCGGAAGAGGGAGUCCGGCUACCCGAAAAUGUGAGAACGAAGAUGCGUGAAACACGUCGGACAGUGCACGAAGUAUUCCCGUCGAAGGUAGUUUCAUUCUGGUUACGUUCGAUUUAAGAGAAGAAAAUGAUCAUGACGCAUACUGAGGAGGCUACGACCACUUACGAGCCGAAAACGCCGACGAAUCAGAUGAAUGGACACACGCUGGCGAACAGCGGAAGCCAAGAGUCGGAAGACCCGAGUAGCACGACGACCUCGCCCUCGGAGGGCCGGCACGCCUCCGGGUCAUCCGGCUCGUCCGUCCUCGAGAUGGGCAGCACAGAUUCGGCUGGCAGCGCCCACGGCAGCGGUCCUUCUUGCGGUCUAGUCAGCUCCUUGUUCCCGAGCAGCUGUCGCGGUCGAGCGGAGGCCUUCGCCAGACGUCUUCAUCGUCGACUAACGUCGCUAGGAAGCGAGGACAAUUCCCCGAAAAACUCGGACACGAAUCCCAAGGAAACGUCCUGGCUGUGCCCCUCCUCGACGACAUCGAAAUCCCUAACGAACAACGCGACGACCAAUCACGUUCUACAACAUCAACCUCGCCACAGUCCGAAAACAGAUCUCUGCUUCGACUUUGACCUCGACAUCGAGGACGGUCUCAGUUCGCCGGCCGAGGAAGCUACCGCUGCAGAAUUAGCGGACCUUCUGGUCAACCCAGAAGUGUUGAAGAUGAACCACCGCGACCGCAACUGUACGACUAAUGGUCCCAAAGCGAUUCACUCGAACGUAGACCUAGAAUCCGGCUGCGUAUUCGCGUCGCCUAUCACCGGAACAUCGCCGGACAGCGAUUCUUCGGAGCUCUACUUCGACCCCGAGACCUCGGACGUUGAGAAGAAGAACGAAGUCUACUUCGAUCCAGUGACCACCUCGGACAGCGAAGUAACCACCUCGAAUCUUUCGAACGGCUGCGAAACGACGAAAGGCAAAGGCCUGGUCUACCGCAGGCGACCAGAAGUCAGCGCGGCGGACCAGCAUUCCGAGGACACCUCAGAGUCUAGCUCCUCUUUGCAGAGAAACAAUGUCCAGGAGCUCAGGAACAACGAAGUUCUGCCUAACUCCGAGGACUCUAUCGAGAGAAGCUCGUUAGAGACAACCUCGCCGAGCCACGAGUCGCUAUGGAGCACUUUCGACGAGAGUACUAUGUCCCUGCAGGAUGAGACACCGUCGAAAAUCCUCUCUACACCGAGCGUGCCGCAGAAUCGGCUGCCAAAGUCGCAUUCUGACUCGGAGAUACCCGUUCAUGCUCCCAGAAUACUGAUCUCGCGGAACGACGAGGAGACGCAGCUCGGCGUUGACCAGGUCGACUUCGUGAACGGGAUUUCGGAGAAUGGAAAGCUGGAGGACAUUAAGAAUGCCAGAAAUCUGAUCAAGGACGAGUCACCGGAUUCCUCGGAGAACACGAACGAGGACGACCUGCCGUACGACGAGGAAAGCCCGAAAGCCGGGCCGCCGGAGUUGUGCGCUCUGAAAGUCGAAGAAGCCGCUGGCAACGAGCAGGGCGACCAUUCUACGUACAGUAGCAUGAUUAACAUACCAGGCGCGCUAACAUUGGAGUGUUCCUCGGGCGAAAGGGUCGUGGAGACGCUGAAGAACGAGGUCCAGCUGCAGAUCGAGGAUGGCAACGUGACGAACAAGAGCGACGAGGACAAGAUGUGCAUCCUGUUGCAGAAGCUGACGACCAGUCCAGCUGUCCGAGUCGACAUCCCCGUUCCCAACCAGGAGGUCGAGGAAUCGAUCCAGGAGGAAGAGGAGGAGGAGGAGGAGGGGGAGGAGGGGGAGGAGGAGGAGAGACCGCAGAAGAUCAGACGUUGCUCCUCGCUGAAGACCGGGAAGACACCUCCGGGGACUCCGGGAAGGAAGAAGAUCGUGAGAUUCGCGGACGUGCUGGGUUUGGACCUGGCGGACGUCCGGACGUUUUUGGACGAGAUCCCGAAGGUGCCUAACUCGGCGUACAGCGACUUGAUUUACAACGACAUCUUCCAGAAGGACACCAGUCCUGUGAACACAGUUUCAAACACCUGGGAAAACGGAUACUCGGAUACUAGACGAUCUUCUGGCUGCGUGCUGCCUGGCCGGAAGUUGGACAGAACGUUGGUGCCACUGUUCCAGCAGCCAGGCGGUAUGUCCAACUUUCUGGACCUUGUUAGAGAGCGCAAAGUCUGUCUGGAGAACGCUCUCGUCCAGGAUCCCAUUUCUUUGAGCAUCCAGGGGACGGUUCGGGUGAUCAAUCUGGACUUCCAUAAGUCCGUGCACAUCAGAUACACGCUGAACUCCUGGAGGAACUACAGCGACCUGCAGGCCACCUACGUGCCCAACUCCUGCGACGGUUUCAGCGACACUUUCUCGUUCGUUCUUUACUGUCACACGUUGUCCGUGGGCCAAAGGCUGGAAUUCGCUGUCCGUUUCCAGUGCAAGGGCGAACAGUACUGGGACAACAACGCUGGGAUUAAUUAUUGCUUUCAAUGUCUCAAGACGUCGUCCCCUAUCGGAUACAUGCCCAUCACCGCGUCCGAGAACCGCGAGCACGAAUGGUCGCCGGUGUUUUACUGAUGGAGGCUGUUCUUCGCGAUGGGUUGCUAACGAUGGAUGACCAGAAAGUUUCGAGAGCAUUACGGAUCCCGCGAAGAAGGGAUCGAGAAAGCCUACGGAUUGAUAAACGUUCCUAAAGUGUAGCUACUGUACAGAACGAGCCUGAUCGCCGAGCAGGGAUCACACAAUGGCGUCAAUUAUUCCUUCCUGCCAUCUCAUCUCCCGAAAGAGCCUGCGAGUGGACCGGAAGAAUACGACGCGGCCGUUAGACUGAUAUUUUUUACACGUUCGUUGUUCCUUGUUUGCACAAGCAUAUCUACUUGUAUCUAGAGUAUAUUAUAUUAACGCGGAGGUGAACGUCGGAAAAAGGAAUUGUUUGCUAUAUACGAGGUUCGAACGGUGAACAUCGUAUACGUAUAUACGAUUUUGUAUCUGUAUAUGUAUACGAUUUUAUAUGUAACUUAUUUCUCUAUUUUUUUUCUUUUUUGUCUUCUAACGAGUUGACUACUUUUUUAAGGGAAUCGAUUUGAUUAGAAUGGUUUUUAACGUUGCGAACUGUGCUUGAUUUUGUGGAGAUGUUUUGUAUGGUUUAUGGAACUCGGUGUUUUCGAGAGGAUACCCCUCGAAAAUGAACAUUUUUAUUUAUGAGUAACGCGUGACAAGCGCGGCGGAUUUGCCGACGGUUUCUCCUCUUCUCUUCGAAUUCCGAUCGGGGAAUGUCGAAUCGCGCGCAGGAGAAGCCGAGGAAAAUCGUACUGACGGAUUGAGAGAUUUUGAAAAUGUGAUUUUCGGAGCAGCCACGGCGAACGACAGACCGCUUAGGCCGGUGAUCGUUCGAGGCAGAUCACGAUGAGAACGGAACGUUCGUAUGUAUUUACAGCGAUUCGAGCCGUAUGAGCACGUCUGUUCCGUGGAUUGAUUCGCAAGGUAUGCCGAUCAGGAAAACUAGCCGAAUUUGAUGACACCAACGUCGUUUGCUACGAACCGAUAGCCUUUGAUCUUGCUACUGCCUCGAGUAACAAACCGCAAUAACGACGAACCAAUUCGAUAGUAGCAUUCGAUAACACGAUCGAACACGAAAAUUCUGUUGGCAGCGAUUUAAAUUACAAGAAAACAUUCUAAGACACGAUGAUAGGAGCUAGACUGCAGAUCUUUACGCAGAUAUAGAUUUUUGUGUUAUUCUGUAGAAAUCGAGAGAAAUCGCGGAAUAUAUUAUUCCUUCGUUUAGAGAUCCUAUUGCGCGUAUUCGAAAGACUAAAAAGGAUGUCACUGAAUUUGUUCAAAGAUAAAGUUUUCGAUGACCAAUGACGCUAUAGCUGGAUAAUGUCCGCAGCCUAAUAACGACCGGUGUUCAUUUUGUAAUCAUGAUCGCUGCAGCUGGGUCUCGAAAUUUUCGUUUUUGAAUCAGUUUCAGGCAAUAGGCGAUACACAUACUUAUACGAUAAAAUGAAAACUACCGGUAAGACGACCUGUAUGGAAAAAAUAUCGUUAUAUUUUUUAAUAGUUCUCUUCGUAUAAAGUGCUUUCUAUACAUAUAAAGAACAAGGAACUGUACGCUACACGGAUGUACGCUUCGUUGCACGGUUUCGUACUGUGAAACGAUCGGGGAGGAAACGGGUGUUUGAACUUCUAAUUGCUCCGUGAAAUCGAAUUAGGCAGCAGCAAAUAUUUCGCGUGUACAUAACAUUAUGUCGAGGGGGUAGAUGAUGCAAUAAUUCGUUUCUUUGUUAUCUCAUUCGUUGAUCGAAUUACGUUGUGGCAUUGGAAAGCCGGGGAGAAAAGUAUUAUACCGUGUGGUGUCUGAAAAUAUCAAUAGGUUUGAUUUCAAGCAUUCGUGUUCGUUAGAACAAAAGAACAGAUAAGAACAAAACGUAGCUGAUCAUGCUUGUAAACGCUGUUCUUAUUCGAUGAUAGAGACAGCAUUGUCGACAUAAUGUAGCCAUCUCUAUUUUAAUAAACGUACAUUCUUUUUUAACUCUCCCAGCAUUUUCAUUCUUUGCACUAUAGAGACUUUCAUUGUUUAUACUUUUCGCCGUCGUUCAAUAUUUUAUUGAAUCUGUUCCAUCUUGUUCGUUUAUUCUUACCCAAAUCUUGCCCAAACCCCCAAGCGCAGUUAUGCAACUGCUAAUACUUUACUUAAUUUCUAAAUACAGCUUGGAUAACAUUUUCAAAUCACAGAAUUAGUAUAUGUAUUUCGCGUGCGUAAUAUAACGUAUAUAUGUAAAUGUAAUAUAUUAUAACUGCAUUUGUUUAACUAGUUGCACUGCUGAAAGACUUGAAUGGUAAGACUACCAAGAGAGCUUUGUACGUCAAUUGGUGGAUAUUGCUUUCACUAACAUUUAACAUCUAACAAACAUGAUCACGGGCAUGAACGCUUGAAGUCAAACCUUUUUUUUUUAUACAUUCUUUUAUCAGUUUACCUAUCCUUCGAUUGUGCGAGGCGUCCGUAAAGACUAGAAUUUAUUUUAGGUGAGCCCUACGAACAUCAUAUUUCCUUAAACUCGUUCAUUCCUCGUGCCAAUUUGACACAUUUUUCUCCGAUUCUUGGAAAAACAGCGUGUUCCGCGACGAAAUUGUUAAACGUUAUAUUAAACCAUGCUAUGUAUACCGUUCGAUUGUUUAUAUUGAGGAACGCUGUUCAAGAGUCAUUUUUAGUCGCAACAGUACUAUAAGACAAAUAACAUUUUCCGUAAAAAAUCAAUAUACGAACUUUCGUUUAAUUGUUUUAGAGAAGAUCCGUUUUGUUCAAUUCGGAAAAUUUGUAACUUUUGGGGGUAAACCGAGACAGCGUUUUAAACGUUCGAAAUGCGUGCAACGCGACGGUUUACGAAGUUUCAUCUUACUUAGGGUGAUCGAAGCCCUGACUUCGCGAUUAAAGACACGGUGCCCGUGCGGCGUGAAUUCUUGCAACGAAGCGUGCAUGUAUGGUCUCAGUACUGGUGGUCAAAGUGUGUCUCGAAAACGACUCUCGUAUGUCUUUCGAAUCUCGAUCCUUUUAUAACACUGACAUUUUCUCUUGUCUUCUAUAAGCAUACAUCAUAGAUAUAUUUUAUAGCGCUUUUUACACGAUGCACGCGUAUCUUCACCAUCAGAGAUACCUAUAUGUAUAUUUAGCUCGACAAUAUGAACUAUUAUUACAGUAGAACUCUAUUUAUAUGAACCUGUUGGGAGACAUGUUGAUUCGCAUAAUCGGAUGGUUCAUGUAACAGGUAUCCAUCCACCUGCUUCCAACCGUUGACCACGAUUUUUCGAUCAUUUAAGAUGAGUUCACGUUCACAUCGCAUUGAAAUUCACAGAAUUGAAAUUCACAUUCGCAUUGUUACACAGUUUAGUUCAUAUAAAUGAAGUUCGUACAAACGGAAUUCCGCUGUUAGAUCGGAAUACAAGUGUUUGUAUAUUUUGAGAAAUUUUACAUUGAUUUUAGAACACAACUGGUAUCACGUGCUACUGUUUACAUCUGUUUUUUGUAUAUACGUAUUACGAGAUUAUUUUAAUUUACCUUAUAGGGAUAGAUUAUUAUUAUUAUUUCUAUCGAACUGUUAUUAAUACUAUAACGGCCGACUAGUUUUUAAACGAAUUGUCGCUACGGCUGGCAAUUGCUGUCAAAAAGUUUAAAAAAUAUCAUUUUUACCGUUUGCGUGAACAAAUUCAGAGAUUACGAAUGUGUAAAAUCCAAGGAAGUAUAAAUAUUUAAUAAAUAAAUGAGUGAACAAAUCGAGUGAAGCUACUAUCAAUCGCGCUGGAAUUUGAAUGACGUCGCACCGACGUCGACGGUCGUUACAAUGUUAAUAUAAAGAACAAACAAGUAAAAUAAUGCUUCCAACCUAGUGCCAGGUAGUUUUUAAGGUGUUUCUUCCUAUCGAAAUGUAUCCUAAGCGUUCGCCGAAUCAUUCAUCGAUCGCUUAUCUUGGUUGCUGUUAGACACAUUGCAACCACCAUUAUUGAAGCCCAAUAUAUUUAUAUUAUACAAUCAGGUAUUAUUCAGUCGAUAUGGAAGCCUUCUACAAUUACUGUGUACAUAUAUCCACGAAACAAAGUAGAUUUCUAUUUUAAUUAACAAUAAAAAAAAGAACUAUA